CAUAACAAUACAAUAAAAAUGUGUUGAGGGCUGAGGAAAUUACAUAUCAUUAUACUCAUAUAGGUACGUUGGUUUACAAAUAAUACUAGCUAAUUUACAUACUAAAGAAUCUGAUGGAUCAGAUUAACUAACACAUAAUUUAUGAAAAGGUUUUCUGAAAAAAAUUUAAAUCAGAUAAUAGAAAUAUAUAUAGGUGGAAGAUACCUUAUCCAUAAAUCUACUCAUAUUGCUUUACAAUAAUGUGUUUGUUAUGGAAAUUACAUAGUUAAGAAGGUAUGUCAGGUAUUAUAUCUUGAACCCUAAUGUGAUUAUCACUCCACCAAGUAUAAAAGAAAAUGUUUUGUGAGAGAAUAUUCAGUUUGUUGAAAUGCAUUGCCCAGAGCAGUAUAUCAAAGAUAAUGGUAUGCAACGGAGGGAUGCCAAAGAUAUCUCAAAUAUAUAUAUAGAAAAAAUGGUAUGGAAAUCAAAUGAAAUAGUUUUAGACAUAGGAUGCGGACCAGGCGAUGUAACCUCAGAUAUUCUUUAUCCUUUUUUAAAAAAUAAAAUCAAACAAUUGGUUGGUGUUGAUAAAUCAAUAGAGAUGGUAGAAUUUGCUAAAAAAAACUUUGGAUGUUCCAAGAUGGAUUUCAAAGUUCUGGAUAUUGAAAAUGCCGAUGACUGCUCUUCUUAUUCACACAGAUUUAACAAAAUAUUUUCAUUUUUCUGCUUUCACUGGGUUCAUAAUAAAGUUGAUUCCUUGCUUAAUAUGCAUUCAAUGUUGAAAAGUGGUGGAGAAAUUUUGGUUAACUUCAUGUUAAUUAAUCCAAUAGUUGAAUUGUAUAAAUGUAUGGAUACAGAAUGGCAAAAAUAUAUUAAAGAUAUAAAGCAGAUGUCACAAAAUGUGUAUACACCAGAUGGAAUAAGAGACAUGUUUACUAAAACUGGAUUUCGAAUUAUUAAUUUAGAAUCAAGUGUCAAAAAAUAUACAUUUCCAGACUUCUCGUCACUUUUGGAUGCCAUUAAAGCUGUAGAUGUAAUGUACAGUAUUUUGCCACAACAUUUACAUGAGAGAUACUCCAUACAUGUUAAAGAUAAAAUAUGUGAGAGACAAAUAGUUGAAAUAUGUCCAAUCACAGGAAAAAUAUUCAAUGAAUAUCAUCCUAUUACUGUGCAUGCUGUCAAAGAUUAGUUUUUCAAACAGGAA